GAUUCAUGAAUGCUAUAGCAUUCGAAAGAGCAUUCGAAUUAGAUGGACAUGGGAAAAGAGAUUGGAAUUCAGUAAGACGUCCAGAUAGUAAUUUGUAUGCUUGGAUUGCACGUGGUGAAGACUACAACGCUGGGUCUUCCGUGUACUUAUCUCCGUAAACAUGGAGAUCUUAAGUCAGUUUCUGGAAUACAGGAAGAGAAUAAGAGGAAAGAUUCAAGGCUACUAUGGACCUUGACCAACGAGUUAGAGAUGAAGAACAAGGAGUGUGAAGAGAUGGAGAAGAAAAUAAGCAGAGCAGAAGUUUUUAUGGAUAAUGUGAUGAGUCAAAAGGAGGAGAUGGUCAAAAACUACAAUGAAGAGAUGGAGAUGAUGCGGCAUAAAGCGUUCCAUCAGCUCGAUGAUGUUAUACGUGAGCAUGAGAAAAGCAAAAUGCAACUUGAAGCUCAAAAACAACAAUUGAUGCAACAAGAACUGGAAUUGAGAAAACGUGAAGCACUGAAUGAGAGUGAGAAGAGAAAGCUUCAGCUCCAGAAAGAGAUGAAUGAAAGGGCAAUAUUGGAGCAGAGAAAUGCAGAUGAGAAAAUGCUGCAAUUGGCUGAAGAUCAUAAGAGAGUAAAGGAAGAACUUCAUAAAAGAAUAAUUGAACUGGAAGUAAACCUUGAUCAGAAGCAAGCACUACAGUUGCAGAUUGAGCGCUUGAGAGGUUCAAUGGAAGUGAUGCGACUCAUGAAUGAGGAAGGCGACGUCGAAGCUAAGAAGAAACUGCAGUCAAUUCAAGAAGAAAUCAAGGAGAGUGAAGAAGAACUUGAUAGCUUGGAAACACUGAAUCAAGCUCUAAUUAUAAAGGAAAGACUUACAAAUGAUGAGGUGCAGGAAGCCCGUAAAGAAUUAAUCCAUGGUUUAAGGGAGAGCCGUGCUUUUAUCGGUGUCAAGAGAAUGGGGGAACUUGAUGGGAAGCCAUUCCAUGCUGCUGCCAAAAGAAAAUUUAAUCCUAAAGAAGCAGCAGAGAAAGCAGUGGAGAUAUGUUCGUUGUGGGAGGAUUACCUGAGGGAUCCAAACUGGCAUCCUUAUAAGAUUAUCCAAAAGGGUCAUAUUGCUGAGGAAAUAAUUGAUGAUGAUGAUGAGAAAUUGAAGGAACUAAAGGCCGAAUAUGGUGAUGAAGUUUAUCAAUCUGUUGUAACUGCGUUAAACGAGUUGAAUGAGCAUAACCCCAGUGGCAGGUACCCAGUACCUGCGUUGUGGCAUUACAAGGAAAAAAGAAUUGUGUCAUUGAACGAAGGAGUUGAACACAUAAUGAAGCAGUGGAAGGCCCAUAAGAAGAAAAUAAGAUAAAGCAUUUGACUGAAGUUUGAGGGGAAAGAAGUAGGAGAGUUGAUUGUCCUAGUAUUAAUCCUAAUAGGCAAGCUGAACUUUUACUAGGAGUUUUGAUUCUGCAAAAACAUCAAUAGUUUUGCUCUAAAUUUCAGACGAGACAGUUUGUUCUUUAUCUGCUGCUUUCUUUUGUCAUUAGAUACAUUGCAGCUUCAAGUAUUGUGUGAAUUUUGAGCACAAACAGGCAACAGGUAG